AUGAAAGGGCAUACUAUUGAGGAGUGCCGUUGCUUGAAAGACAAGAUUCAGACCUUGAUUGACACUAAGGUCAUUGUAGCCAAGGAGCCUGCGCCAAAUGUUCGAAACAAACCCCUGCCAGAUCACAAAGGUAGUGGCAUCCAUAUGAUCGAAAUCGAGGACGAUUGGGACCCCAAAGGGUCAAUCGGUUUGAUAACUAAAGGAGACAAACCCAAGGAGCCAGCAGUCACACUCAAUCCCAUCAUUGUGCAAAUACAGCCAUCUGAGGGCGACGUGGUAAACAUAUCAGUCCCGUUCGAAUUUGAAGCACCCCCUGCAGAGGUACAGAAACCCAUUGUAGUGGAGUUCGAAACUCCGAUGGCACCUGCACUGGUCGAGGUUACUGUACUACCACGAAGGAUGCCCAUUCCAGUCACCAUGACAGACAUAACUCCUUUUCAAACCAAUGCCAUACCUUGGGAUUACACAGCUGAAUCCAGAAGGAAAGGGAAAGUACGCACGGGUGAAGCAACCGCGGCACAGGGUAUGACUAGAACAGACAGUGUUUACACGCUCGAGCACCUAGCCGAGUCUAGCAAGCAGGCCUCUGGUCGCACUAUUCAGACCGGGCCAGAUGAUCUUUGGAGGAAAAUACGGGCUAAGGAAUACACGGUAGCUGAACAGUUAAGCAAGACUCCGGCACAAAUUUCUAUCUUAGCCUUGCUACAAAGUUCCGAGGCACACAAGAAUGCCUUGAUGAAGAUAUUAAAUGAAGCAUACGUCCCGAGUAACAUAACGGGAGGAGAAAUGGCGAAUAUGGUAGGGCAGUGCGAAGAUCACUUCAUCACCCGGAUCUUGGUCGAUGGAGGCUCUAGCCUCAAUAUUUGUCCGCUGGUCACCCUCAGAACAGUGGGCAAAGGUUUGCAUGAGAUAAAGGACGGAGCGAUCAGUGUCAAAGCUUUUGAUGGGUCCCAGAGAUCCACCCUUGGAGAAAUCAGUUUAUGCUUACAGAUGGGGCCCACCUGGUUCGAUGUCGAUUUCCAAGUCAUUGAUGUCCCAGCAUCCUACAACUUGUUGCUAGGACGACCCUGGAUCCACGCUGCUGGAGCCGUGGCCUCGACUUUGCAUCAGGCCAUGAAGUUCGGAUAG